AUGGAUGGAAAUUCAAAAAUAAUCAAUGUACCAGUUGACGAAUGUGCCAUAGUCACCGAUGUCUUAGCGACGACGGGUGUUGAUUCGUGCUUGGUUGUGGCAGCUAUUUUCGAUUCAACAAGCAGUAUUUUUAUUGGUCAUUAUUCCACGGCGGAGAUCGAGGGUUUCGGCGAAUUGAUCACAUUAGACAAUGUUCAGCAGUUUAUGGAGACAAUCGUCGAACAAAUAUGCGAAAACGUUUCGCUCGAUUCACUGAAAACAGUUUUUCUUAUUGGUGGUUGGAAUACCAAGCCUUACUUAGAAUUACAAGAACUUGUUGAGAAUAUUCGAAAUGAUGAAAAACAUCGUUGUUCGGAAAAUGAUGAUGAUAUAAAGGAUAAUUGGAUAUGUCAAUUUGAUCUUAUUGUUGAUCGUGUUGCAAUACCACCGAUCUUUCUCAUUCUACAAUACGCAAAUCUUGAAAUGAACGAUCACGAGAAGAAAUUGGUGAUAAUAUUUCACUUCGAUGGUAACAAGGGUGAACUGAAGAAUGUACUUUAUGCAUCAUCCGAAUCUAACCAACCUGCAUUCAUCAAUGACGUCAUCGCGAUGUCUCAUAGUCGAGCCAAAGUAGCAAACAUCCAGCCAGAGCCUAUCCAGAAUGAUAUGCUGAAAUGUAUGGAAGAGUUAAAAUUACGCAUACAUUAA